AUGAAUCUGCGGAUCCUGAGAGGCUACUACCAUGCCCCUAUGAUAAAGGCCACAAGGUGAUGGCCCGCCGGUUCCCCUACCAUCUGGUGAAAUGCAGAAAGAAUCAUCCUGACAUUGCAGCCAAAUUGGCCACGUGCCCCUUCAAUGCUCGCCACUUAGUUCCUCGUGAUGAGUUCCGUAAGCACAUAGCAAACUGUGUUGACAAAACUUGCAUUGAGGAUUUUGCAGUCAACUUCGCUUCAGACCGUGCACAAGAAAGGAGGUCUGAAAAUACAUGGCAAUGCCCUCCCUGUGAGGAAGACUGGGAUAAAGCUUUAAGAAUUCUUUCAUUAGUGGCCAUUGAUAUGGUGUGGACUAGAAUGUAG